AUGGUUGACGCAAAGGUUCAGGAGCUUCUCGCGAAGCCGCGCUCAGAGUUGACCGAGUAUGAAGUCGCCCAGGUCGAGGAGCACGAGCUCACCACCGGACCCCUCUCCAUCUUGCAGACCGCCGUCCGGUCGCGCACACAAGUCCUGAUCUCCUGCCGAAACAAUCGCAAGAUCCUCGCCCGCGUCAAGGCCUUUGACCGUCACUGCAACAUGGUUCUCGAGAACGCCAAGGAAAUGUGGACAGAGACCCCGCGGUUAGCGAACGGCGCUCCGGGCAGGAAGGUCAACAAGGACCGCUUUAUUUCGAAGCUCUUCCUCCGUGGCGAUUCAGUCAUUCUUGUUCUGUUGUCUUAA